AUGGAAGUAUGCUAUCAGCUACCGGUGUUGCCUCUGGACAGGCCGGUUCCGAAGCACGUCCUGAGCCGCAGGGGAGCCAUCAGUUUCAGCUCCAGCUCGUCGCUCUUUGGGGCUCCAGAUCCAAGGCAGCUUUCGCAGAGACGCGGAGCCAUAUCCUACGACAGCUCGGACCAGACGGCGCUGUAUAUUCGUAUGCUAGGAGAUGUGAGAGUGAGAAGUCAGGUCGGAUUUGAACCAGAACGCCGAAGCUCCCAUCCGUAUCUGUGCAUCGACUUCCGAAACCUUCACACACGCCUCGGCGGUGGAUCGGAGACGACUGUGAGCUCUGCACCCGAGAGAAGGGUGCGCCGGUUGCUUAGUCUUCAGAGGUUCCUGCACUCGUCUCGCUUGUUGCGGGGUCUCGCCCAGCACAACCCUCUACCUAUUCUAGAUGAGGACUACUCUGGACAGGCCCGCUGCAUGCUGGAGAAAGUGGGCAACUGGAAUUUUGAUAUUUUCCUCUUCGACAGGUUGACAAAUGGAAACAGCCUGAUUACGCUAACGUUCCACUUACUGGACCAGUAUGGCUUAGUAGAGCUGUUCCGUUUGGAUGUGGUCCGGCUGUGGCGCUUCCUGGUCCUGGUCCAGGAUGACUACCACGCCCACAACCCUUACCACAAUGCCGUGCACGCCGCCGACGUCACACAGGCCAUGUACUGCUACCUGCGUGAGCCUGCGCUAUCCAAAUCCCUGACGUCAUACGACAUCCUACUGGGCCUUCUGGCCGCCGCCACUCACGAUCUGGACCACCCUGGAGUCAACCAGCCCUUCCUCAUUAAGACUGACCACUAUCUGGCUUCGCUCUACAAGAAUACCUCAGUUCUGGAAAAUCACCACUGGAAGUCUGCCGUGGGUCUGAUCAGAGAGACUGGCCUCUUUACCCACCUGCCCGCCGAAGACAGCAUGAGCCUGGAGCGGGAUUUGGGCUCUUUGAUCCUGGCCACGGACAUAAGCAGGCAGAACGACUACCUGUCCAAGUUCCGUCUGCACUUGGAUCAGAACAACCUGUGCUUGAGUAACGCCAGCCAUAGACACUUUGUGCUACAGAUGGCCCUGAAGUGCGCCGACAUCUGUAACCCAUGCAGGCCGUGGGAGCUCAGCAAACAGUGGAGUGACAAAGUCACUGAAGAGUUCUUCCAACAAGGUGACGUUGAGAAGAAGCACAACCUAGAAAUCAGCCCACUUUGUGACCGAGCCAAUAACACAGUGGGCAAAAUUCAAAUAGGCUUCAUGACGUAUGUGGCGGAGCCCCUGUUUGCCGAGUGGUCCCGUUUCUCGGACACUCGUUUGUCUCAGACCAUGCUAGGUCACAUGGGCCUCAACAAAGCCAGCUGGGGAAGCCAAGAACAAAGCCCAAGUCCAGACCCGCCUCCGCCGCCACUAGCGCAAGCCUCUCCAAAGAAAAACCUCAGGGAAGGAGAGUAUCCUGACGCCUCUUGA